GGAGUGCGAACACCGGACGGGUGAGACACAACAGAGAAGGGAUGUGAAUUGGUGAAGACGGUCGGAGCUCCUGGUCUACCACAUCCGAACACACGUGCUGGACAGUGAACGACGUUUGGAAUUAUUUGUGCCUCAUCACGGAUUCAAUCAAACUGGACUAUUUUGUUAAUUAUCCGCUCUCUGGGUAUGAGGAUCAGCUGUUGUGCUAUCCAAACUGGGUACAAGUCGAUCUGGUAGUUACAUAACCAUCCUCAAUCAGUCCUUCGGACUUCGGAUGCAAAUCUAUGUAUUGCGCUGCCCCUGAGAAGUUAUACCAGUGGUUAGCAGAUCUGUUACUCUCCACAUACAGCCCCCCCGAGCUGACGAGUCGAGAAUCGGCCACUGGCUGCAGGACAAGAGGGAGCCCCAGUGAACCGGCCACGACAUCUAUCCUUGUCACCAGCAGCGACAGUGGAACCACGACCACCUCCACAACAAUAACGACAGAUACCCAAACCACCAUGCUUUUACUACAACAGCCACAGAGCACUCAGUUCAGUGGCAGCAUUCCUAGUCCCGAAUUCAGUAUUCCUUUUCCGGAUGAAGUUGCCUUCAUCGAGGAGGACUUAAAAUUGCCCUCCUUUGAGUUGGGAACUACUUCGGAGCCCUUCUUCACCACAAGCGAUAGCCGCAGUGGGAGCACCUUUCAAGAAAUGUUCCAGCAGGACACCUUCGGUGUUCCCUCUACAGAAGAACUAACCCCUACCACCACCACAUCUGCUGGUAUCGCUUCUUUGCCCAGUUUCCAAGAAACGUACUUUCACAGGAGGUCGGACGUUACCGGUUUCUUCUCGUUGAAGUUUUCUCCAGGGGAAGAGAUACCCAUGGAAGAAGAUAUAGAAGGCGAAAGGUUCUCUAUAUCCAUGGCUACUUUCCCCCAAUCAGAGGACGUCACGUCGAUAACGACACUAACAUCCGCUACCCCUGCAUUGGACAGUCCUGGUCCCUCAUCUUCGUCCUUCAUGGCCCCGUCUUUUUCGUCCGAGGGGGGACCUUCCAAGCCAUCCUUUCAUCAAUUAGUAGCACCAUACCCAACAACAUUUUCAGGAGUGUCGGUACUUUCUAGUGAGGGUUUGUCUCCUUUUGGAAAGCAGUCACUUACACUGCACGAACUGACGUCGCCAACACCCAGUCCCAAACCGGGCCGCAGCGGUAAAAAGCCCUCACUUACUCUCUCCAGCACAUCCGCAUCCGAAGUGAGUAUUCGUCAUCCAACACCUACUACACCAACUACUCCGAGUGGCACAUCAGGUUCUAGUCGAUCUUCCCCCGGUGCCCCGGAAAGCACUCCUCCACCCUCCAUGCUUUGUGCCGUCUGCGGUGACAACGCGGCUUGUCAACAUUACGGUGUUCGAACUUGCGAAGGUUGCAAAGGAUUCUUCAAGAGGACAGUUCAGAAAAACGCAAAGUAUGUUUGCUUAGGUAACAGGGAUUGUCCUGUGGACAAAAGACGUCGAAAUCGUUGCCAAUUCUGCAGAUUUCAAAAAUGUCUUGCUGUCGGUAUGGUGAAAGAAGUUGUGAGAACGGAUAGUUUGAAGGGAAGACGAGGCCGGCUGCCUUCAAAACCCAAAUCUCCUCAAGAGUCACCCCCAUCGCCGCCGGUCAGCACCAUCACCGCUCUGGUCCGAGCUCACGUGGACACUACUCCUGAUCUGGCCAACCUCGAUUACUCUCAAUACAAAGAAACAGGUGUCUGGAAGCAGGAACCCUCUACAACAGCUGAACAGAUUCAACAAUUUUAUGACCUAUUAGUCUCAUCUAUCGAUGUAAUCCGCCAGUUUGCCGAUAAAAUCCCUGGUUUCACAGAUCUGAAUAAAGAUGACCAAGAAUUACUUUUCCAUUCUGCCAGUUUAGAACUGUUUUCUCUUAGACUUGCGUACCGGAUGCACCCAGAUGAUGAAAAAGUGACUUUCUGCAAUGGUACAGUUCUUAGCCGUGAGCAAUGCCAGCAGAUAUUUGGCGACUGGCUCAACAGUAUUUUCGAUUUCUCCAGAAGUUUGCACAAGAUGGACAUCGACAUCUCUGCCUUUGCUUGCCUUUGUGCUUUGAGCCUUGUGAUAGAAAGGUAUGGUUUAAAAGAACCUGAACGUGUGGAGCAGUUGCAGGCGAAAAUAACCAGCUCACUACGCGACCACGUGACCUACAACAACGAAGCACAGAAGAAAAGGCAUUACUUCAGUCGGAUCCUAGCACAGCUCCCAGAAUUGCGGUCACUUAGUGCCCAGGGUCUGCAACGCAUCUUCUACUUAAGGCUAGAGGACCUUGUUCCUGAACCGCCCUUGGUGGAGAACAUCUACACGUCCUUCUAGAGGAAAAAGGAAAUCGGGCCAUCGCAGCCCGCCUGUUUGUUUUGCCUGAAGCUCGGGGUGGCUAGCAGGGUGCGAAAAUCCUCACGGCAUGACCCGUCCGCAGGAAAGGGCCCGCCCAUCUAAAUGAUCUAGGCCCCGCCUGUGUGAGGGCAUGACCCCUCAUCUAGAAAACUUUCGCACCCUGCGAAUGGUCCACCCUGUAUGAAAGCGGAGAACUCUGUCGAUCUUCGCGCAGUAGACCAAGUCAAAUCGUGUUUUAGUGCUAGAGAAGUUGCAAGUAGAACAAUACGUAGCUUUCCUGACAAAGAAUUUGUCGUUUUUCUUUCCACGAAGAUAGCGCUUGUGAACCGUGGAUUAAAAAAAAACUAAAACUAAAACUAAAACUGCACUUCUUGUGACUUUCACCAAAGAACGCUUAAUGUUUUAUUUCUAAGAUUUAUUCAUGUUAUGUAUCUGUUAAAUGUUUAUUACAAAGUAUUGGAAACAGUGCUCGAAAUGAAAUAUGUUAAAAAGGUAAAUUCAUUCACUGUAAAGAUAAAUUCGUAAAUUCAUUCACUAAAGAUAAAUUCUUUCACUAUAGAUAAAUUCAUUCUCUGUAAAGAUAAAUUCUUUCAUUAAAGAUAAAUUCACUCACUGUAAAGAUAAAUCUAUUCACUGUAAAGAUAAAUUUGUUCACUGUUAAAAUAAAUUCAUUAACUGUAAAUUCAUGUAUUUUCAUUUUUGAUGCUUCCCUGAAGAUGAAUCCAGGCAUUUCAGAAAAAUAAAAUAAUAAUACUCAACGAAUUUUUCUUUGAAUACAGGAGUAUUUAUAUUGAUACUGAUGUAUUCAAUAUUUCAAUUUAUUGGUUCAAUAUUUCAUUGAAUAGAGGAGUUUUUUGUUUCUUAUAUUUUCCUUCCUUUUUUUUUCUGUACAAAAUAAAUUUAAUGAGGGAAAAAAGCUUAAAAACCAGCUUAAAAAGCGGAAUGCAAUAAUUUUAGGUGGUGUUAGGUACAAUAAUUAUUUAUGAUGACAUCAGUUAAAACAUUCCGUGAUGUAAUUUAUGUUCUUCAUUUAAGUAAAAAUAUUACCUGUUGCAUUUCGAGCUCUGUCAUGUGAAUUUUAUGUAGUGAAAGGCUUAGGGCUGGCUGAUUUACUAAUCUACCUUAAAUUCCUUGAAUUCAUGGUUUUGCAUUUCUUUAUUUAAAACAUUUACACACAUCUUUUUUAUGCACUUCUGAUCUUAAUAGUAUAUAAUGAUCGAGUUAUUUAACUGAAACCCGUAUCCAAAAUUUGUGAUUUUUUCUAUUUCCCGUUUGUUCUUAACUUAAGCUGCCAAACUGGAUAAAUUUUUGCUGCUAAAUACAUCUUUAUGUAUUACGAAAUUAGCAUUACCAAAGUUUUUUUUUUAAGUAAAAACAUUUUUUAUGGAUUCUUUAUCAUCAGACAUUUGAUAGGUGACAUUAUGCAAUAUAAAUUAUCUUUAUAAUAAAUAAAUACAACUUGCAUUUUUUAUUUAAUUUAUAAUUCGAUAUUAUAUUAUUUACGGAAAUUAAGAUUGCACGUUAUUGAUCAUUCAUCUUCUCCAUUUAUGUCAACCACGGCACAAAAAUGUGCAUUUAAUAUAUUAAAUCAUUUCACUAAUUAAUAAAUUAAACUAUGCUGGUAUUUUUAUAGUCUUUUAAAAUUCAGAAUAUCUGAUAUUAAUGCAUUAAUCACCUUAAAUUAUGAAAUAAACCCUAUAAACCCUCUUUAACAACCGAAACGCGAAGAUCACUCGAAUCAUUUUAAUUAUUUAGUAAUUAGUAGUGACAGCAAAGAAUCCCGAAAACACUGCAUAUGUACUUGGUUGAUCUAAUACUGUAUCGUACCGUAACUGCAAGUAUUUAUGGAAUCCGGCAACACUUAAAAAUAAUUAGCUUUUUCAGAUAUCGUCUGUGCUUCUAUCGACAUCGAAUAUAAAAACAGCUGGAAGUAUCAUUCCAAAAUUUGCAAAUAAAAAAGCAAUUAAAUUUACUUCUGUAUAAAACCACACAAGACAAAGCGAGAUAUUAAAUUAUUAAGUGAUCAAAAUGAAAAAUAAAAUGUAUGCUAUUUAGAGAUUACUAUUUAGGCUGACUUGCCUAGAUACUUGGUUUUAAUUAAAUAAUAAAUUCGGUCUCCAUUAAGGCCUGUUAUAUUUGCCAGCUCUUUGCCUUCUGCACUACGCAAUAUGUUUCAUCUAUUAGAAUGAUUCUGAAGUGAAAAUUACCAAAAAUAAUGUGCAAUACUUUAUUGUUAUCACAUGAAAAGUGUGCAAUUUUAAACGUAUGUGUAACCAUCGUUGGAAGCUUAUUUAUUUACAUAUAUAGAAAGUUGUAAUCUAUUGUAAAAUAUGGCAAAAUCAGAUUAAAAUUCCUUUAAUUUUCAGGUAGAAAAAAUACUCUUGUUUUGUGGUAUCUUCAAUAAUGCAGUUGUCACUUUUCACAAAUUGCAUAAUUUAUUUUCUAUUACAUAUCCGAGCGGUAUACAGUUUUAGUAAUUAAGGUAAAAUUAAGGUACAUAUUCUUCAAUAGCAGCAGCCUUUUUAAAUUUUUUGAUUGAUUGACGCAAGCUACAAACUUUGAUUUUCCACCUAUGUAUAAAAUCAUAACAUCUUUAUAAUUUUAUCUCCUGAAGUAAUUCAUUUUUUGCAAAUCCAUACAUUUAAUUUCCAGUAAUAUACUUGAAUGAAAAAAUAUGCAUACAUGUUAAUUAAUAUAAAUUUUUUCGUCAUUAAGGAAAUAGUCAACUUUUUGACUGUUUUCUUACAUGCACAGUAUAUAUAAUACGCUUAAUAUAUCCAAAAUCUGGUUUUGCCCCUCGUAAAAACAACUACUACUUCUACUAUGUGAUUUUACGGACUAUAUUUAGAAACUUGCAGAAAAGCAUAAAACGCUAAGAGUAUGAAUUUUAAAGUGGUAGAGAGCGAUGUUUUCUGAAACAAUCACCCAUAUAAGGCACAUAAUUCACAUCGUUUAGAACUUCUGAUGGAAAUCGUCUGCGGAAUCUUGUGCUAUAUUUUGUGUGGGACUGGCACCUUGCCAAUGAUAAAAACUCAAGUGAUAAUUAACGGAGUAUAUUGUACCAAGAAGAGAAAAGAACUUACUUCAAAAAACUCUUGCUUCGUUUGCAACAUAUCUUCAUUCUGUCACCUUAUUAUCAAAAAAACUGCAAGUAUUCCAUGCAAAGAAUAUAAUUAAGCACAUUAUGAGUAUUCGCUGUGCAUUGCCAGCUUUGUGUAGACGACACUACCUUUGAUAAAAACGUACUUAAAAUGCUCUGUGAUGUAUUUUUUAAAAUCUUCACAUAGAUCUAGUCGUAAUUUGUGCCAUAUGUGUUCUGAAAUCUAUAACACUCUCAGCCGAUGGUGUAGAGGCUUUGCAUCUUCUGGAGCAACUGCCAGCGUAAGAACAUUGUUGAAUCUCGAUGAGCCAUGAUUGAUUAGCACAAAAUUUAUGAUAUUUACUGUGAGAUAUUCUGAUGACAGUGUUGGAUUUUAUGCAAUUAAUUCCUGAAAGUUGCUUAUGUAUAUAUUACAUGUAUGUUAUUGUUGUCUUUAUGGUCAUGUGACAAUUUUUUCCUCAGGGGAAAGGAAGGGAACACAAUUAAGUUUCUGUGUCACAUGUGCUCUCAAAGUUUCAUUCUGAUGCUCUAGAUCUUGAAGAUGUUUCUCUUCUUUUUCUUACUUAUAUGCAUGAUGAAAAAUAUCUUGCAUUUUUGUAAUUUUAUGUGCUAUGUAUUAUUAUUUUAUAUUUUUUGGGUAUUUCAGUUAUGAUUCACUGUUUCUUAAGCAAAAGUUGAUCUGUAAUUAAUUAAGGCAGUUCAUUUUUGAAGUAUUAGAAUGGCAUUUAAUAGUUAAAAGAAACGUUUUGUGUGUGUGAACUAUUGUUAACAAUUUUAUCUAGUUUCGUGAACUCACUUGCAUCUUUGACUUACAUUGUUGUUUGUGAUACGUGAAAAUAUGUAUCAAGGAAUGUUUUUUAACUAUUUAAACUAUCAGCCAUUUCAUCUUCAUUGAUCGAAGCAAUGAAUUUUUUAUUCAUUAUUUUCAUUUUAGUUUUAAGUAUUAUAUCAUUAUUUCACUCAUUUGAGUUGUUUUAAAAUAUUUUAAAUCGUAUUUUUCGUCAAAUGCAUUUUAUACGAUAAAGAAACAUGUUUGCAUGAUGAUUCGGGUAAUACCGGAAGAUUCAUGCAUCUACAACCAUCGAUUUUUUACGCAAUAAUUUUAUUCCUUUGUAAUUUAGUUACUUCUUGACGUUUUCUAAAUAUUGUUUUGUUGAAACAUAAUUCGUGUAAUUUAUGAUUUUUAAAGAUUUGUUUCAUGUGGAAUAUGAAAAUCUAAAAAAAGUUGCCAUUUAGAUUUUCAUAUCAGAAAACUUUUUAACUAGUGAAGCAAAAAUUACUUUCUCUCCCGCCAAAUUAAUUUUUUUACUUCCCCUGCUAAUUAAAACAUUUUGAAUUUUCAAAGUUUUGUAAAACAAUUACUUCAGGCAAAAGAAUACGCAACUGUUUAUUAUAUACAGAGGCACUGUCAUUAAAUUAAUUAUGUGUAUGUAAGUGUGGAAGAAUGAGUCGUACAAAACUUAAUACAAAUUCACUUUAUUUCUCUUAAUAAUGUCAAAAGAAUUCUUUCGGAAAGUUCUAAUGCUGAUAGGUUUUCAAAAAAUAGUCGAUGUAAAAUUAAGUGUAUAUUUUAUUACUGUGCAAUAAUAUUUGUUUAAUACGUUUGCAAAGAAAGUUGGAGUUUGAAUGAGUAAUUUGUUUCUAUUCUUUUAAACAUUUUGCUAAGUAUAAGGAGUAUUAGACCCUUUUUUAAUUUUUAAAUGUGUUUUUUUAAUGUUUCAAAUUAAUUUUAAUGGUUAUUUCAUAGUUAUAACAUAUCAAAACUUCUUUGAAAAUCUUUAGUAAAGAAAAUAUGCGUUUUUAAAUGUUAAAAUCGUUAUAUAUACAUAAAUGAAAUAUAUAUAAAUAUAUAUAUAUCUAUAAAGAGGGAAAUAUAAAAUUUUGUGAUGCAUACUGCUGAGCUUGAGAAUGCUGUAACAUUCCUUGUGAUUAGGCUGUAGAAUUUGUUACAUAAUAUAGUAAAAUAAUUUAAUUGUAUGUUCUGUUGAAAUUAGAAUUAAACAUUAAUCUGGUAGUUUCAUACUUGCAAACAUUGCAUGUGGUUUCAAUUUUAGCAAUUCAUAAAGCAGACUGUCUGUCUGUUUUUAUCCAGGUUAAUACUGUAAAUUUCCGUUUGACUCAUUAUUUGCGAAAGUUUGAUAGCCUCCAUGCUUUCCUAUCUUAGUAUUUAUGUAAAUUAAACAUUUUCCUCAAAUAUGGUUGAAAUUAGUAGGAUUUAGUAAUUUUUACUUAACAGGGCUUCAAUUAUUGUUUAUGAAAUAGAGAUUUAUUGAACUAAAAUAAUUUCGUAUCAUUUUAUUAAACUAACCUUAAAGCGUAAGUAGUCAAUUUUAUUAUGUUACCUCUCUAACAUAAUUGUUUUGAGUAUAUUAAGUCAACUGAAUGUCUGUGCGCAUAAAAAAAUUUACAUUUAUAUGUAAAUCAAAGGAGGAAAAGAGAAUAGUAAACGCGGAAGAGUUUUUUAGAAUUUAGCGGAACAUAUUUCAAUUUGGAAAAUAUUUCAAAGCAAAGCAUAAAAUGCUAACAAUAAUAUUAUAUGUUUGCUUAAAAACUACCACUUUCUCACCUGAUGCCUUAUACACAGAGAUUCUAUUAAUAAUGAAACUUUAAAAGAAUUCUGUUUUUUUUUUAAAUGCUGCAAAAUUGUAAACGAAAUAUUUCAUUGUUGUUAGCUUAAAUUUAGAGCCUGUAAAAUAAUAUUUGUGGUCUCAUUUCUGCAAUGUCUUACUUAUUCUGUUAUAUAAUAUCCUAGAGAUGUUAUAUUUUUGCUUGACUAAAAUAUAUGUUCAUCGUUCUAAGAACGAUGCUGCUAGUCAAACUGAGCAAAAAAAAAAGUUAUUUAUUGUUGUUACCUAUAAUGUAGAAUAUUCGAAUCAAAUAUAAAGUUUAUUAUUGUUUCAAAA